AUGUCUUCCUCUUCCUCCUCCUCCUCUUAUUCCUCCUCUUUCUCGGAGCUGCCCUACUUUUGCCCUCGCUGUGGCGACGAGUUUCGUUUCUCGUCCGUACCCGAGCUCCGGGCUCACCUGGUCAGCCGACACACCUACGAGACCCUGCUGGUGCUGUCGCAGGCCCGGGUCAGAAGCUCCAGAUCUGGUGUUCUCCUCCCACUCCCAGCCCAAGCUGUACCCCAAAGACAGAGCUCCUCUCUGGGCAUGGAACCCCCCAGCCUCCCCCUGCCUCUGGCCUGCCUGGACCUGGCCCCGUCAGCGGCCUCCGUCCAGCUGAUCAGGGAAAUGUUCGGACCUCCGGAUCGAGCCCACCGCUCUCCUGCGGGACAUCCAGAGGAGCCCUCCACCGCUCUGGCCCUCCCCGGCUCUCUGGAGCUUUUCCCCGGGGAGGCGGGGGUCCAGCUGGAGUUUGGUCUGGUGGGGGUCGCGCUGGAGGAGAGACUGGGGCUGGGCCUGGAUCGUAAAAUCGCCCGGACGUUUGUGGAGGUGGAGGAGAGGGUGAACCGCCGCAUGGGUCGACUGAAGGUGGAGCUCCAGAGGAGGGAGGCGGAGCUAGAGCGGGAGAGGCGUGGCGGGGAGCGACUGAAGAGCGAGAAACAGGAAGUGGAGGAGAGGGCGGCGUACCUGUCCAGACAGGUCUCUGCUGCCGUGGAGAUGAUGGAGCGACUAAAGAAAGAUCUGGAAGGAAAAGACAAAGAGCUGCAUGAACGACAACAGGAGAUGGUGGACAUCGAGUGUUUCCUGAGAGAGACUGCAGAGAAAGAGGCCGAGGCUAAAUCCAGACUGCAGGUGUUCAUCGAGACGCUGUUGGAACGAGCCGACCGUGCAGAGAGACAGUUGCUGCUGUUCAGCUCACACACACAUCACAACCGCUACACACACGCCGACCCGUACACAACCGCGGAGGGAUACGCGCCUGCACCGGGCCGAGGGGGGCGCAGUCUGGACGCAAGCACCGACGACGUCAUCGCCGACAAGAUUCAGGGAACCAUCGGCAACCGGAGGAGUUACAGUGUCUCAGGCUCCUACCAGCUGGGAGAGCAGCUGUACAGCCAACAUCCCUACAGUGGACUGACUGGUCGUAUGCGGACCUUGUCUCUGGGUUCAGGUGGGUGGGACGGUGAGGGGGGGCCGGUCCACCUCCACCCUCACCUCUACGCUCCACCCUGGACUAGACGGGAGAGAGAGAGACAGUGGGAGGUGGAGGACGAGGAGGAGGGAUUCUGGAGCAGCGCUGAGAUGAGGAGGCUGGUGUUCGCCAGGACGCACACACCUGGUUCAGAAGCCCCCUCCUCCCUCCGCUCCACCCCCUCCCGUCGUCACGACGACAGACAGCUGGGGGCGGACACCCUGCGGCUGAGGGCGGGGCUAUUCUGCGUGCUUCCUUAUUUGGACGUGCGCUCCCUGCUGCACGCCGCCGAGGUCUGCUCUGAUUGGCGGUUUGUCGCCAGGCACCCGGCGGUUUGGACACGCCUCCGUCUGGAGAACGCCAGAGUGUCGGCCGAGUUCCUGACCACUCUGUCUCAGUGGUGCACUCAGACUCAGACUGUGGUUCUGAACAACCUGAAGCCUCGAAGCAGACGAGCCGACGAGACACGAGAGGAUUACCACAAGAACACACGGGGCAGCGUGGAGCCGGGGGUGGAGGCCCUGCUUCAGUCAGCAGGGGGCAGUCUGCUCCACCUGUCUGUCUCUCAGUGUCCUCACAUCCUCACUGACAGAACGCUGUGGCUCGCCAGCUGCUACAGCCGGAGCCUGGAGACGCUCACGUACAGGAGUUCAUCAGACCCUCUUGGUCAUGAGGUUCUCUGGGCCCUGGGUGCGGGCUGCAGGAACAUCCGCAGCCUGCAGGUGGCGCCGGCUCACCCCUGCCAACAACCCACUCGCUUUGGAAACCGUUGCCUGCAGACGAUUGGUCGAUGCUGGCCACACCUCCUCUCUCUCAGUGUGGGCGGGGCCGCCUGUGGGACUCAGGGAUUGGCUGCUUUGGUGCACACCUGUGCUGACCUGCAGGUGUUGGAGUUGGAGCGUAUUACCGACCUCAGCCUGCAGGCGGCGACGGAGCUCUGUGAAGGAGGACUGAGGAGUCUGGAGACGCUGAUCCUGACGCACACGCCCGUCAGCGGUCAGGCCAUCCUGCACUUCCACAGUAUGUGUGCAAACCUCAGAUCUAUAACAGUCGAGGCCUCUGUGUCCGAUUACUUUGUUGAGCCCGACACUCAGGAGGCUCGACAUCUGUUUGGAGAAAUACUGAACACACUGAAGGUUCUACAGAAACGUCCCGGACUGUGUGACGUCCUGCAGGUGAAAGCUGAAGGACUCUGCUGACCUCUG